CCAGUCCAGAGAGACAUGUUAACACCUACUGAAACAAGACAACAAGCACCAACAUCCUGCAGCAGUCUCGGCAUCACGUGUGUCCUGAGUCUCGAUCCCUCACGCGCACCUCUUCAGGAGUGCCUAGGAGCAGCAGGUUAGCACACCCAUCCUUUCUCAUCUGGAACCAUGAGGAAAAGGCUGAUCCAGGUUUCUGGUUUCCUGAUCUCAACGCUGGGAUGGCUUUUUGUACUUUGUACUAUGGCAAUGGAUUACUGGAGGAUCACCCAGAUAGGUGGCCAGGGAGGUUCAUUCAUUAUCAAGGUGGCCUGGUACUGGUCCAACCUGUGGCAGGACUGCUUCACAGACUCGACAGCAGUCACCAACUGCAGAGACUUCCCUGUGCUGUGGUCUGUCAAACCUAUCGUCCAGGGAGUGAGAGGCCUGCUGAUGUGUGGACUAACCCUUGGGUUUUUUGGUGCAAUAUUUUGCUUUGUUGGCAUGGAGUGCACUUAUAUUGGAGGAGGGGAAAAAAACAAGGAUAUGCUUUUGUUCGCUGGAUCCGUAUUUCACUUUGUCGGUGGUGUGUCAGACUUAGCUGCAUACUGCUUAUACAUCAACAAAGUUGCAAGGACAACUUUCACUCAAUCUUCGCCAGGAAUCCUAAAGUAUGACUUAGGACCUCCCAUUUUUAUAGGAUUGGUUGGGUCUUUUUGCAUCCUCUUAGGGGCCAUUCUCUAUGCUGCGACUGUGUACAAAGUCCUAUUCCCUAAAGCGAAAGUGGUGCUCGCCCAUGGUGGUCCUAGAACACGAACAUACAUGGCCUCUCGGGCCGGAGGCAGAACCCUUUACACUGGAUACUACAGACCACCCAGACAGUACAGAUCCUACGGCUCAGGGAUAACCAGCAGCUCUAAACUCACUAGGAUCUCCCAGAUAACACCUGAGAAACUGUCAGACAGAGAUGCUUUUGUGUAGUGGCAUUGGCUACAGUACUAGUUCCAGACAAUGUGUUUGUAAAUACCAUUAAGAUAAAGUCUAUUAAGGAAAUUGUGAACAUUGUUUUUUCCCCAGCUACAUUAUUUGAUCUAGUCUUUUCAGGUCCAUUUUCAUUUGAUCACUCUGUUGUUGCAGAGAAUUUUCCUGCACAGAAGGAAAUGCUAAUUCGAGUGUAUUUCAGGUUUUAAAAGGCUUCUAAAGUUUGUAAUUUCCAUGUAAAAUUUUCAGAUUUGCUUUACUGGAACUAAAAAUGUAUCAACCCCAACAAAAAAAGUCCAUUAAUUUCAAUCCACAUAAUAAUUCACAUUUUCAUUAUUUAUUAUUUUAUUAUUUCAUUAUUCAUUAUUUUCCUGCUGUUUAACUGGUCAAAUUAAGAUAGUAUUGCUAUGUAUUGUAUUGCUAUGCCAUAGGUUUUAAUUUACAAAUCUGCCACAUACUGUUAAGCGUAUCUGUUUUCUGUCUGUAUGAUUGAUACACCCAGAAAAGAUGAGAUUCUGUGAAAGUACGACAUGAGAAGGAUCUUUUUAUGCAAUUAUGAUAUGUUUGAUAUUUUUAUGAAUAUAAAUACAACUUUGGAUAUGCAAUAGAAAUAAUGGAGUGAUUAUUGCAGAUACAACUAUUUCGUAAAACCUCUAGUGCAGACUGAAACCUAUAUGGAAAAUCAUGGCAAAGCCAUAACAUGAACACGACCUGUGUUUUUAGGCCUAUACGAAACAAACUUAAUGUUGGUAGAAUCCUGGAUAUUGUACCAAUAACAAACAUGGCAUGCCCUCAUGGGGAGAAAAGUCAUCGGUCAGCAUACACCUUGCCUCUUUUUCCAUCAGUUAGGAGAGAGGAGGUGUGAUGAUAUACACAAAGACACGCUCUCAAUGUGUUGAGGAGGGGUGGGAGUGGUGGAAGAAGGUGAGCCUUCCUUCGCCCGAUAGCUCACAGUUCUUCUCAGUUUGAGUUCUGAAAGGGACGGCAACAGCUCAACUGCCAUUACUUGGCUUUCUCCCUCUGCCUGGUGUCUGUUGCAUACAGAGAGGCAGCAAUCAACUACAGAAAAGUAGCAAUGUGUGUGGAGAUUGGCUGCUUAGUGCUCUGUGUGAGUGGAUGGAUUCGGGUCUGCUCUACAAUGCCACUGAGAUCUGGACCUGCUCUGAGGUAGACAGCAUCGUUCUGACCACUUCAAACUACUUCUCCAAUCUCUGGAAGGAUUGCACUUCUGAUUCAACAGGAGUGUUCAGCUGCAAUGGUAUCCCAUCAAUGUUCGCAUUGAACUGGGGCAUCCAUAUGCUCCGGGCUCUGAUUAUCACCUCUAUUAUCUUGGGAUUCUGAGAUAGGAGGAUCUUCUGCGCUAAAAUAGGAGGAUCUGAGGUUACAAACGCAAGUGGGACUUUUGAUGGAGGGAUUAACUAUCUUGUGUCUGAUCAAAGAACAAACACAUGCCUGUCUACAAGUUCCCUGAUAGCUACAUGGCACCUCCAUCUAAACAGAGGUACCUACCAGUGUCAACAGAACUCACAGAGGGUGGAGAGAGCAUAAGACCAAGACCAGCAGUUAGACUAGGAGCAUAUGGAGCAGCAGCAAGACACCCUCCAGUUUGAACACGUAUGUGUUGUGACCUGCUCUUGUGGCCUGCAGUUUGACAUUUGUAAAAAAAAAACAACAACAACAAAAAACAUUAAGCUCUUUCUAUGAGACUGACCAGGUGAAAGCAAAGAUCCCUUAUUGAUGUCACUUGUUAAAUCCACUUCAAUCAGUGUAGAUGAAGGGGAGGAGACAGGUUAAAGAUGGAUUUUUAAGCCUUGAGACAAUUGAAUGUAUGUGUGCCAUUCAAAGGGUGAAUGGACAAGACCAAAGAUUUAAGUGCUUUUGAACUGGCUGUGGUAGUAGGUACCAGGCACACUGGUUUGUGUGUGUCAAGAACUGCAACGCUGCUGGGUUUUUCCACACUCAACAAUUUCAUGUGUGUAUCAAGAACGGUCCACCCCCCAUAGGACACCCAGCCAACUUGACACAACUGUGGGAAGCAUUGGAGUCAACAUGGGCCAGCAUCCCUGUGGAACGCUUUUGACAGCUUGUAGAGUCCAUGCCCCGACUACUUGAUGCUGUUCUGAGGGCAGAAGGGCGUGCAACUCAAUAUUAAGGUGUUCAAAAUGUUUUGUACACUCAUAAGAUAUUUGUAUUGUAUUCAUAUUGCUGUGAAGCCUUAAACUCUAAAUUACACUGUGAAGGUAUUAAUCAAUGGUCAACUGUUUUUCCAUUGUAUGCUUUGUAUUGCAUCCCAUGUCCUGAAAUGUAUUUUAUAUGUGAAUAAAAGAUCCCAAACAUUGA